AUGGGAGCUGAUAUGGCGUCCCAAAAUUCCGAAACGACCCCCGCCAAGCUCAGUGCGCCCAAGGACAAGAAGUGUCCUUAUUGCAAGCAAGCUUUUACUUCCUCUUCGCUCGGCCGGCAUCUCGACCUCUACAUCAAAGAAAAGAAUCCCAAACCACCAGAUGGCCUUCACGAUGUGGAAGCUAUACGGAAGCUGCGAGGAGGCAUUACGAGGCGGCAAGCCCGUGGCUCUCUCGGUGCGCGCAAGGAUUCGACUCCCGCUGGAACACCAAGACCUGUCCCGAAACGGGAAGCUUCCAACCAAGAGAUUGAGCCAAUGGGUGCUGCCCCCAUGCCGAAAGACGGCACUUAUGCAGCUGACUCGUCUUUUAGCAAGUUCCCCUUUGUGCCGAGGUGGGAAGCUACUGGCGUCAUCAAUGAUAUUCCCUCCAAGGGCUCUUGGGAUGGGGAUGCCGGAUCAGAACCAGCGAAACGCCCGCCAAUGCAAAGGACAGUAAGCAAGCAAGCAGUCCAAAAGGCCCAAUUCGAUAUGAAGCAGAAGCUGUCAGAUGCUAUGGACAACGCCCGAGCUGCAGAACUUGCCCUGCGAGAGCUUCUGGGCUCGUGGAGGGCAGCCAAGCAACACAUUGAUAAUAGCUCCAUGCCAUUUGGUUUUGAUCCCCUCUCUCUCGACUUUCCAGCUCUUACACUACAGUGCUUGCAUCCGCCGCCAACCCUGUUUUCUUCUACACAGCAUCCUACGUCUACAUCUUGGUCCGUGCAAUCUCCGGGGCAGCGAGAGUUUAAAGCCUUGAGGUCAUACUUCAAUGAGGAGUUCAGAGCUUGGAAAGUGACGUGUGCAGCUGCCACAACCGCGGCGUCUGAGGAACUCGCUUACCCCCCAACAGGGCAUUUGCAGAAAGACACCCGUGACGCUGUUAAAAAGGCCGAGAAAACAGCGGAAAAUUUAGAGAGGCAGGUGGAAGAACACCUGCAGUCCGCAUAUGCUGUGUGGGAUUCGCUGCCCGGGCAGCGGCAACAAGAGCUUUGGAUCCUAGAACUUGCGCGUGGGGUUGGCAGGAAGCACAAGGAAAUGGAAAUCAUAAAGGAGCAGCAGCAUCGAUUGAAACAAGAGAAUGCACACUUAAAGAUGCAGAUUGAUCAGCUGAAUCGCCUGCAACAGCCCCGCGAGUUCAAGCUUCUGUCACCGUCGACUAUCCCGAUAGAUCGCGACGUGAUUAGUUAUGCAUAUGAGCAAGGCGUGAGAGGUGGCAAGAGUGUCGGCUUUGACAUGGAGGACCGCCACGUGGAUAUCGCAACAGUUGUCGCCAAGUCGAUUGAAAGGUGGAAGAACGUAAUUAUGUCGACUCGUGUAACCUCGAGUGGAAUGAGUGCACAACGGCCAUUGGAUCAACCAGCUCAAACAUCAGUCAACUUGAAUAGUCCAUCGAGUUCACAAUCGCAAGGUCUGUCUCAGACGAUGCAGCAGCAGCAACAACAACCAAACAAUCAACCUCCAGCUCAAGCCAAUAACCCUAGCGAAAAGAGACUGUCCACAGCUAGUACGUCCGGACCUAUCAGCGAAAACACGGCCCCAUCCACCAGUACCACUGGACCACCAUCGAUCGCGGAGGAGGAAGAAGGGGAUCAAAACGAUGAUGUCAGCGAUCAGGAUGCGGAUGCCGAGAUGGAAGACGACGAUAGCUUUGCCAUUAUGAAUGCCUCUCCAGCAAAGCAUGCCCACGCACCAAUGCAACAAACUGCGGCGCUUGAAGUCCCACGGACCCGAGGGCUUGUCCAACAACAAGGAGCUUCACCAGACAUGCGGUUCAUGAUGCAAAAUGGAGCGGCGAGUCCUGUUGGCCGGUCAGCUAUGACAAUGACUAGGUCAAUGCCAAAUAUGAACAUGGCAAUGCAGGGAAAUCAUAUGCAUGGUAGUGACAUGUCCAUGAUGCAACAGGUACGUGGAGACAUGUACAUGGAGCAAUGA